GCCAUCUAAAGCUUUCGAAGCUUUCAGUUUGGGCAGGUGCUCGAUAACAAGAACACGUUGGCUUUUUUUCCCCAAUUCUCAGGCUUCAUCCUACAGAUGCUCCAGCAGUGGUGCACACCUUAACGGACACACCCCAGUAACCCUGUCAAGGAGGAAAUUGUGCCUGGUGUGGGGCUUUUCGUGGUGCACUUGUUCCUCAUUUCUGAUCCUGCAUUGACACGACAAAAGGUGGUGUGUGAGCGGAGCAGAGAAACCUGACAGAGAAACCUGGCAGAGUGUCAGUGAAUGACUCUGUAAACAUGCUGGAUCCAAGAGGGAAUGACAGCAGAGGAGGCCAGACUCUGGUGGCCACCAAAUUCAGAGGGCCUUUGUUUACUGAUGCGAAGCACUCGCAGGUGAAAACUGUGAAACAAAUGCUGAUGAUGAGACGUAAAAAUCAACAGAACAGCUUCCAAGACGACUACAGGUCGGAGCCCAAACACAAGUCUCCAAAAUAUGAAACCUUUCCCGCUGAUGUGAAUCACCAUCAGUUAAGCCCUCCAGCAUUUGUCAAUCUAAAUUCCACUGCCCUGUUUCCGCCUGAAGCAAAUGCUCUCAUGAAACAAGAGUUUCUCGUGACUCGACAACAAAUGGAGUAUGCCUCUGGGCAUCCAGGCAUGCGGGAACAAAUGUCUCCGGCUUCUGAAGGAAAGAUGACAUUGUUUCAGUGGCAAAUACAGCAAGAGGCGCGGAAAGUUGAAGGCCUUUCACCAGAGCUGCUGAACAUGCAGGAUGCAGACGGUGACACAUUCCUUCACAUAGCAGUGGCGAAAGGUCUGCGGGCUCUGGCUUAUGUGCUCUCUGCAAAAAUGGCUGGAUUUGGCUCUCUGGACAUUAAAGAGCACAACGGGCAGACCCCUCUCCAGAUCGCGGCUGCCACCAACCAGCACUUAAUUGUCCACGACCUCCUGGUACACGGAGCACAGGUCAACAUGAGAGACUCCUGGGGUCGCUCUCCGCUGCAUGUGUGUGCUGAGAAGGGUCACUUUCUCAGUCUGCAGGGUAUCUGGAGGACCCUAACAGGAAGUAGUCAACUGAUUGAUGUAGAAAUGUUCAGUUACGAUGGUCUGACUCCGCUUCAUAUGGCCGUCUUGUCUCACAACGCUGUUAUUAAGGAGAUGAGGAACCUGGAAAAUCCUUGUUCUUACAUGACAAUGGAGUUGGGGCAGAGGAAGCACGUGUACGUUGAGUGUAUCAAGAUUUUGCUGUGCAUGGGCGCCUCCUGUGGGACAAAGGAUCUAAAAAGUGGACGGACAUCUCUCCACAUGGCCUGUGAGGAAGCAAAUGUGGAGCUCCUGAGGAUUUUUCUUGACCAGCCAACAAUGCUGUCUAUUGUAAAUGUAAAGACGUUCAGCGGGAACACGGCCCUGCACAUCGUCAGCUCUCUGCUGAAUCAUAAAACUCAAGCCGAAGCAGUGAAGCUUCUGAUGAGAAAGGGAGCCGAUCCCGGUGUCAGAAACUUAGAAAACGAGCUGCCGUCUCAGCUGACACCUGAUGGACCCGUGGGGGACAAGGUGCGACAGUUCCUGAAAGGGAAACAUUUUCAUGCUUAAGUAAAGUCGAAGAACACUGUCAGUCAGACAGUCCAGUCUAUGAAAAUAUGAUUUGCCAAACAUGGCAGAUGGUGGUUGUUUCAGUGAAACAUGCCAAUUUGUUCAUUACUGUGUAAUGCUUAUUAGAAAAACAAAGACAAAAAUAGUCAUGUCUAAUUUUUUU